AUUAUAAAUGAAGGGACCAUGCCGGUGGAUUAGCCAACAAUCUCCUUCUUCUCCCCCAAGAAGGAACAGAAGCUAAAGAAGAAGAAAAGAACAAAAUCUAAGAGAAAACAAAGGCAAAAAUGAUCGUUGGCGAGCAGCCCAAGCGCACGAAUCCAACGGUUCAGAUUCCACAGUGGUCGUUUCUGGAGGAUUCCGGGAUGGAUGUGUACAGUCAUUCGCCGGGAAGUGGUGGUAGCAGCGGGUCUGUCAAGUGUGACGGAUGUUCUAGCGGUGGUGGGUACUCUCCUUAUUAUCUACAGGAAGCAUUAGCGAUGUUGAAGCGGUAUCUUCCGUCUAAUGAGGCGGAGAUGGACUCGGAUAUUGAUGUUUCGGGUAAGGAGAUAGAUUCUCCGUUGGAUGCCUACUCCUCUGAUCAGUUUCGAAUGUAUGAGUUUAAAAUUAAAAAGUGUACGAGAGGAAGAUCGCAUGACUGGACCGAGUGUCCGUUUGCUCAUCCUGGCGAGAAGGCUCGCCGGCGAGAUCCGAGGAGGUAUUAUUAUUCAGGUACGGCGUGUGCGGAUUUUCGGAAGGGAAGCUGUGUGAAAGGGGAUGCGUGUGAGUUUGCUCAUGGAGUUUUUGAGUGCUGGCUUCAUCCGGCUCGUUAUCGGACUCAGCCGUGCAAGGAUGGGACGAGUUGCCGGAGGAGAGUUUGUUUCUUUGCUCAUACACCGGAGCAACUUAGGGUUUUGCCUCAACAAAGUCCUCGGAGUACGAGCUCUAUCCCUUCGUACGAUGGAUCGCCUCUCCGACAAGCAAUCGAGGCCUGUGCAAAACAAAUGCCCUAUUUAUCAUCUCCAGGAACAUCGCCACCAGUAUCUCCUCGAAUUGAAUCUCCACCUCAAUCACCGAUUAUUAAAUCACUAAAUCGACCUCACGCACCAAGUUCGAUCAAAGAAAUGGUUGCAUCACUUCGAAAUUUACAACUCAAUAAGGAACUCUGUAAGUUACCAUCUCCUUCUUCUUCUUCUUCCUCGUGGAAUGUUCAAGUCGGAUCUCCUGUAUUCGGAUCUCCAAAGGAAUCCACCACUCGACCCGGUUUAUCUACCCUUCCAGAAACUUCAACUCCUCCAGGUAUCCGAUAUCUCGAUUUCUGGGACCUGGGUACCGGAGAGGAACCGGCAAUGGAGCGAGUGGAGUCCGGAAGAGACCUUCGUGCAAAAAUGUUCGAGAAAUUAAGGAAGGAGAACUCCGUUGGCUGCGGUGAUCAGGACAAAAACAGCAGUGGUGCCGGAGGUCUGGAUGUCGAUUGGAUCUCAGAGCUCCUCCAGUAAAUCAAACCAUUGGUGCUGACAGAAACAAAAAGAAAAAAAAAAAAAGAAUGAAAAGAAAACGAAAAAGGUUCGUCUCUGAUUCCAUUUUGGCUCCAUUAAAACCAAGCUUUCUUCCGCUUGUUUUCAUGAUUAUAAUUAUAACAGUAUCAGAAUCAGAUAGAGAAGAAUUUGAAUCUUUUCAAUUUGGAAGAACAUGCUAAGUUUUUUUUUUUUUUAAGAUUCUCUGUAAAUAUUAAAAAUUAGGGGGGAUGGGUGUGGAAAUGGAUUGAGAGAUUGGAGAAUCAAAUCUGUUAUGUUUCUUGGGGAAUUUUCAAGAUGAACAUAUAUCAAAAGAAGGAGGUAGUUCAAAAAAAAAAAAAAGAAAAAAAGAAAAGUAAAAGAAGAAGAAGAAGAAAAGAAAAGGAAUGGGUAUCUUCUUUUCUUUUUGUACAGGGUCUUAGCAAAUUCACACACUUCAAUCGUUAUUACUGUAUUUUGUGGAGUUGUAAACUCUUUAUGAUUGUAUUAAGGAAAAAAAAAGAAGAUUAACAAUAUAUAUAUAUAUAUUAUUUAUAAAUGUAUUGAAAUGCUAAUGAUGUUGUUACUGUAA